AUGGCAGAAAAGCCAGGGUCUACUCACCAGUACCGCACCAUCUUUAGUCCGGAACAGCUUAGAACACUGAAAGAUACAUUCAAAAAGACCAUGUACCCACAUUGGGUUACCAUGACAGCACUUACUUCAGCUACUCAUCUUGAUGCGUUAGUAACAAAGACUUCGUUCAAGAACCAAUACAUCAAAAGGAGGAAGCAGCAGCUACAAACUCAGCCAAGUCUGUCAGUAGAAGCACCAAGCCAGAUCAUUUCAGUAAAGGAAGAGAACCCUUUACCUGUAACUUCUACAAAUACUCAUCCCACGAGUUCCAGAAUUUCGGAUGCCAAUGACCAUGAACCACCUAAGCCUUCUGGUAUUGAGCAACCUAGUGGGGCUGGUGCUUCUGUGUGGAAUGCAUCAAGGGAUUCUCAGCCUCAUGACCUCCAGCAGCUAUGUCUGGGGGUCUCUGAUCCUCCUUGGGCCUCCAUUCCCUAUGACAUAGAUCAAUUUGUACAACUACAUGCCUUACCUGGGGAUGAACAUCCCAGCAGUCUGGAUCAGUACCUCCUCCCUGGUGGAGGGGGCAUGGCUGGCAAUGAUCCUCAGUGUGAUGGCUGA